CACUACAUGGUCAGCUCAUCGAUGAGCGGGCCCAUACAAAGCGGCCUAAUGACGGGUCAUCCUUAAUGAGAAAAGUGGCUGCUCUUGAAGUGGCGCAACUUGGGCCAGCUUCCCCACUGAGUGCCGGCAUGUCAUGCUUAGCCUCGCCUUUCGAGUGCAAGAGCCCAUGGAAAAUCGACAGCGAACAACAGCCGGGCGCCCCUGAACAGAAUGUACCAU